AUGCCGAAGCCCGGCGAGGGCGCGACGCGCACUGUUACGCUGCUCCCGGGAGACGGCGCCGGGCCGCUGUGCACGAACGCGGUGGAGCAGGUGUUUAAAGCCAUCCACGCGCCCGUGGUGUUCGAGACGUACGACCUCAAGGGUACCAUGCCCACCGUGCCCACCGAGGUCCUCGACUCGCUCCGGCGCAACAAGGUGGGGAUCAAGGGAGGCGUGCGAACGGCCGUCGCAGGCGGAGUCAGUUCCUUGACGGUGCAGCUGCGAAAGGAGUUCGAUCUCUUCGCGCAUCUCGCCUACUGCAGUAACAUCCCAGGGCUGAAGACGCGGCACGACAACGUGAACAUCGUGGUGAUUCGCGAGAACACGGAGGGCGAGUACAGCGGUCUCGAGCACGAGGUCACCCCCGGGGUUGUCGAGAGCCUCAAGGUGAUCACCAAGUUUUGCUCCGAGCGGAUCGCCAAGUACGCCUUUGAGUACGCGUAUCUGAACAACCGCAAGACGGUGACGGCGGUGCACAAGGCCAACAUCAUGAAGCUCGCUGACGGGCAGUUCCUGGAGUCGUGCCGCGAGGUGUCCAAGGCGUACCCGCAGAUCAACUACAACGAAGUCAUCAUCGACAACUGCUGCAUGCAGCUCGUCUCUAAGCCAGAGCAGUUCGAUGUCAUGGUGACCCCCAAUCUGUACGGCACACUCAUUUCAAACACAGCUGCAGGCAUCGCUGGUGGCACCACUGUCAUGCCCGGAGGGAAUGUGGGUUAUGAGCAUGCUAUCUUUGAGCAAGGGGCAUCAGCAGGCAAUGUGGGGAACGACGUAAUCAACGCACAGAAAAAGGCGAACCCGACGGCUCUCCUUCUCUCAUCUGCCAUGAUGCUCCGGCAUCUUCAGUUCCCGUCAUUCGCCGACCGGUUGGAAAAUGCUAUCUACGGCGUGAUUGCCGAGGGACUCUCGCCUUGUGAUCGCAGCCGUGUCGCCAUGAGCAGCAUCGGAACUGGGUACGAUUUGUCCGUCACAACCUAUUCGCCUGAUGGCCGAAUCUUUCAGAUCGAGUAUGCUGGAAAGGCGGUCGACAAUAGCGGCACGGCGGUGGGUCUGAGGUGCAAGGACGGCGUUGUGAUGGGCGUGGAGAAGCUGCUGGUGUCCAAGAUGCAGGUGCAGGGCAGCAACCGGCGCAUUCACAUAGUGGACAAGCACGCUGGCAUUGCUGUCGCUGGGCUCGUGGCGGAUGGAAGGCAGGUCGUCAACCGCGCUCGCAAUGAGGCGGUUAACUACAAGAGUUUCUUCGCGCACAUGAUUCCGCUCAAGGUGCUGGCGGAUCGCAUGGCGAGCUAUGCGCACUACUUCACACUCUACUGGUGGACGCGCCCCCUCGGCUCCUCCGUGCUGCUCGGUGGAUAUGACCGCGACGGCCCCCAGCUCUACUGCAUCGAGCCGUCAGGCGUCACUUAUAGGUAUCACGGCACAGCAGUGGGCAAGGGAAGGCAAGCAGCAAAGACGGAGAUAGAGAAGCUGAAGCUGUCAGAGAUGACCUGUCGUGAGGGGGUGAACGCCGUUGCCAAGAUCAUCGUUGGAGUGCAUGACGAGGCCAAGGACAAGGCGUUUGAGCUGGAGAUGGGGUGGUGCUGCGAGGAGUCCAACCGGCAAUUCCAGAGAGUGCCGGAUGACAUAGUGAAGGCGGCGAGGGAAGCAGCAGAGGCAGCCAUGGAUGAGGACAUGGACGACUGA